AUGAGUAAAGCCGGGCCGGCUCGCCUUGCCGCGCAGGUGGAGGAGAUCGCAGCUGAUGAAAGUCUCCAAAGCGAUAUGAAAAUUCUUCCAUCUAACUAUACGUUCGAAAUACCAAAAACUAUUUGGAAAAUUCGGACAACUGGCAGUAAAUUAGUAGCUCUACAAUUUCCUGAAGGCUUGCUUAUGUACUCCUGCUUGAUUUCCGAUAUUCUUGAAAAGUAUACCGGUUGUGAAACUGUAAUCAUGGGAGAUGUUACGUACGGUGCGUGUUGUGUGGACGAUUAUACAGCGAAAGCAUUAGGUUGCGAUUUGCUGGUUCACUACGGACACAGUUGCCUAGUGCCCAUUCAAAAUACUGAAGGGAUAGCAAUGCUCUAUAUAUUUGUCAAUAUCAACAUCAACAUUAGUCAUUUUGUGGAUUGUAUAAAAGCUAAUUUCACUGCUCCUUAUAAAAUUGCUCUAGUCAGCACGAUUCAGUUCGUCGGCUCUUUACAGGCUGCGCGCAAUGCAUUGGAGGAUAGUGGCCUCGAGAUCAUUAUUCCACAAUGCAAACCGUUGAGUCCAGGAGAGAUUUUGGGUUGUACAUCUCCAAGACUCGAUGAUAGUUGCGAUGCUGCCAUAUAUCUCGGUGAUGGAAGAUUCCACUUGGAGUCUUUAAUGAUGCAUAAUCCAACCUUGAAGAUGUUUCAAUAUGAUCCAUACUCCAGGAAAUUCACUCGGGAACAUUACGACUUUGACAAAAUGAUGAAAAUUCGCAAAAAAGCCAUAGAUAUAGCUCGUAAAUGCAGUACAUUCGGUAUCAUCCAAGGAACACUUGGCCGACAAGGGAAUAUCAAGAUUGUGGAGGAGUUGGAGCGAAAGUUGGAAAGCAAAAAUAAACAGUUUAUACGAGUCCUCAUGUCAGAAAUUUUUCCUGAGAAAUUGGCGAUGUUUGAAGAGGUUGAUUGGUAUGAGAGUGUUCAUUGUCUUCAGAAGAUUUGGGUUCAAGUUGCCUGCCCUCGUCUUUCAAUAGACUGGGGUGCAGAAUUCGAAAAGCCACUCCUAUCUCCAUACGAGCUCAUGGUUGCACUCGAUGAGGUAUCAAUUCCUUCUACCCAUUAUCCAAUGGACUACUACGCUAACGAUUCAUUGGGUCCUUGGACAAAUAAUCAUGAAUCGUAUCGACCUGUGAGGACUAAAAGGCGGGAGAAAGUUGUGGUGACGGCUGAAGAGAAGUAA